GGCUGGGAGAUUGCAAGCGUUUAGACCGACCUCCUGCAACGCACAAAAGAGCUGUAUGCAGAUUUCAGAAGUUUACUUCCAACAUACUACAGCAGGCCGGCAGCACGGCCGGCAGCUUGCCGCCAACUUGAUGCACUUGAACGUACGUAGGCCCAUUGUUUAAAUCCACCGUUCUCGUUUAGCAUAUCUUGGCACUCCGGAGAUGACGUCCUACUUGGCAGCGUCCCCUUAGACCCUUAUUCCCUCAUUGACAAGUUUCGAGGGUCUCAGAACACCUCUUUUAGGUAGCCUUGGGAGUACCGUAAUAACAUCUGGCGACUGGUUUGAAACCCGACGACAUUGCAUUAAGAUCCCAAAUAAAAUCUCGAACGAAAAGAAGCCUAGUGUGCGCGUGACGGCUUGGAGGGAAGAAUCUGCUGACGAAAGAGACAUGCAUGGACAAACAUCGAUGUUGUGGGGAUAAUAAAAACCUGUCCCCUAGGGCCAUUACAGCAGUUGCUGGAGACUUCUCCAAUAUAAGCACUUACAGAAAAAGGCCGUCUGGUUGAGCGUUCAUGAGAGCCUCCCCUGUUACACGACCUUGGUCUUUUCAAAUUAUGGGUGGCUUCAAGUUGCCUUGAAUAGGGACACACACGCAACAAGAAGGAAGCACUGGCAGUACUAACCAUCACGCUGCGGCCGACUCCUCCUCUCUGGAUUCGGUCCCCGCACUUUUCAACUUAGCUUGGCAAAGAUCCCUGACGUCAGGCCCGCAGCUUUCUAGGGGAGUGCCCUGACUUGGCCCUGCAAUCCGGGUGCGCUCAUAGCAGCCCCUGUUGUUGCUUCUUGAAGGGCAGAAGUAGUGGGACGGGUAAAGAGGCGCACACCACCAAGAAUGACUUCCCAGGACGUCAUGUCCCCAUGUUCUACUAGCGGUCGUUCUGAGGGCCAGCUAAGCUCCCAAGCGGGACGCUGUCCCGUGUUUGAAGGGCUAUACAACGCGAGCAAGCCAGGGCAGGAGCUAGUCAGGCUAUGGCACGGAAGUGAACAGGACUUUGGCGCGGCAUUUGAGCUUGGGGAGCUCGUGGGCGAAGGAGGGUUUGCGGUUGUGCGGCGAGGCCGCUGUCCAGAAUCCGGGGAGGACGUUGCGGUCAAAAUUGUAGACAGGCAGCGCUAUGGGAAACAGCAUACGCAGAACCUGGAUAGAGAAAUCGCUAUUCUGCAGCAGUUGGAUCACCCGCACCUGGUGCGGCUGAAGCGCGUGUAUUUGUCGCCCCCCCGCGUGUACAUUGUGACGGAGUUGCUGACGGGGGGCGAGCUGCUGGACGCGUUGACGGUGUGCGGCAAGUACCCGGAGCCUGACGCGCGGCGCAUGAUGGAACAGCUGCUGCAGGCCGUCGACUACCUGCACAGCCACGGCAUUGCGCACAGGGACCUGAAGCUGGAGAACCUGCUGUUGGCGACGCACGCGCCCGCGGCCCCGCUCAAGAUCGCGGACUUUGGGCUGUCCAAGUCGUUCCUGGAGGACCCGCUGCGCACCAUUUGCGGCAGCCCGCAGUACGUGGCGCCCGAGGUGCUGUGCGUGGGCCUGCUGCGCGCGAGCUACGGCUGCGCCGCCGACCUGUGGAGCCUGGGCGUGGUGCUCUUCAUCCUGCUCGCCGGCUUCUCGCCCUUCGACGACGACAGCGAGGCGCUCAUGUUCGAGCGCAUCCGCGCGGGCCGCUACUCCGUCGAGGGACCGCUCUGGGAGGGCGUCUCGCAGCCAGCUCGCGACCUGGUCCGUCAGUUGCUGUGCGUGGACCCGAAACGGCGGCUGACUGCGGCGCAGGCGUUGCAGCACCCCUGGAUCUGCGAGCAGCACGUGCCCAGCAGCAGCCCCGAGGGGGCGUCCCCUGAGGCGGCCACGCGGCCCAAGAUGUCGCCCAGGAGGCCCACCAUCAAGGGCCUCGACAAGCUGGUCCUCCAGAGCCGCAGCCCCAACCAGUCCGCCCCCGACAGCCCCCGCGGCAGUCCCCGCCACGAGCCGCCCGUCAGCCCCGGGCCCGGUAGCCCCGCCAAGGGGAAACCCGGCUCCUCGAGCCCACGCUGCAAGGGGGAUCCCCGGGAUGACAAGGCCGGGGGAGUCACCGGCCGGCUGCCGGCUUCUCCCCGGUCUCCCGCUCCCAGCAGUCCGCUGAGCAGGCGAUGGGACUCGUCAGAUGGGGCGCAUCAAGCCAUCAGGGAGGUCAAGAGAGUGGGCACCCCGAAGGCGUUGCUCGCGCAAAUUGGCAAACUGCUGCGGUAAAGGCCGCUAGAUCUCACGAUGGACUGAUUGGGUGGGAGAAUGGCGAAUAUGCAAGCGUGUUGCGAGAUGAUCGAGAGGCCGCUUCUUCCGAGCGCGGCUUUUAUAACGGAUGAAAGAGGGUAACAGGUACACAAGUUGUGCUGCCGGCCGCAUCUUACUCUCAGUUUGAAACGUUUCAGCGUUGAACGUCGAUCGAUGUAAGUAGCGCGCGCAGAGGAUGAGUUGAGUUAUAGAGUCGGUUCCACCGACUUAACCCGAGGCUUCUUUUAAAGUCUUACUUAUGCAAUAUAUCUGGCCAAGGUCG